GUGGUGGAUAGUACGCGGUGAACUGGCUCACUGGACGUGCGCGUCUUCACUACAGCGAGGAAACCGGCUGGCAGGCGAGCACAACGGCUGACGCAGUUGGCGUGGUAGCCAGCCUCCGUCGCCAGCUUUCAGUGAAGCAUGAAGUCUUCGGUGCUCUUGGACAGGGAAGCCGGACAAGAGCCCAACUACGGGGCAACGAAAAAGCAUCCCGAUUUUGUCGACGACUACUGUGGCGACCAGAGUCGACAUGGGAGCGUGUCACUUGGUAAAACGGUAGACGGACUGCCGCAAAAAACCGCCGCAGAAGGGAACACCAAGUGGGGAAGGCAGGUGACGAAGUUCCUGUGGAUCCUGCCCCUUGUUCACAGUGAAUUCUGGAUAGCUGCAGGCUUCUCGCUCUUGCAGACGUUCUAUCCGGCAAUGGCGUCUGAUAAAGGCCUCGACGCCGAUGAGUACAGCUAUGUCUACUCCGCUUACAAGAUUGCCAUGAUGUUUGGAGCAAUACUUGCGGAACGAAUUAUGGUGUGGAGUUCGCCGGUAGCUUGUUAUCUCCUCGGCAUGACAGGAUGUUUCAUCUUCAACCUUCUCUUUGGGUCCCUGUACUGGAUUCCAGGAGGAGCUGUAAACCUGGCUGUUGGCCUCGCAUCCGCAUUCUUGGGUGGAGUCGCAAAUAGUUUGUAUAUAGUCAGCGCCUAUGCAGUGUUCACAAAUCGCUUCGUGUCGAACACUGGAGUGGCCAUAGCAUCCUUGGAGUUCACUUUCACAACAGGAAAUAUGAUAGGAUCAAUCCUCGGUGGAGCUCUCAUAGAGAAAUGGGGGUACCCGGCACCAUUUUUCGUCAUUGGAAUAAUCAUCAUCUUGGCAUUUCCGGCAAUCGUCAGCCUGAAGUCAGUUCUAAACAAAGAUUGCGGUUCUUUCGCUCAGGCACACGAUCCCAGCGAAGUCACAAUAAAUUAUUCCAAGCUGCUGUGGGACCCAAUGUUCAUAGCUGGUCUGGGUUGCAUGGUGCUUUGCUGGGGUCAAAUGGGAUUCAAUGAACCAACGCUGGAGCCCAGCCUUCGGGAGUUUGAUCUCAGCAGUACUGAAAUCGGCACCGUCUACACAAUUCAGUUCGGUAGCUCGGCAAUUGGCAGCAUUAUUGCUGCAGUCUUUGCGCACUUCAAGGGUGAAGCACUGUUCGCGCUCCUUGGUCUCGUAUUGUCUUUCGCAGCAUUCCUUAUUGUUGGACCAGCUCCAUUCAUUCCCGCUGAUCGGACCCUAACCAUGGUCUACAUCUCCCAGAUAUUCAUGGGCGUCGGCAUUUCUUCCCUCUACAUCUGCGGUUUCUGUCAUUCACUGACCGUUACGCUAGAACGUGGUUAUCCAGAUACCGUUCGAACUACGGGCUUUGUGUCGAGUGUGUCGCACACGUGUCUUUUCCUGGGAGGCCUAAUCAUGCCCCCAGUAGCGGGGUAUUUGGUCGAUGCCUUCAACUACGGCACUGCGACUUUAGUCAUGGCUGUUCUCCUCGCAGCUUGGAUUCCAGUCAUGCUCGCCGUGUGGGUGUCCAAGGCUUUCUGCUCCUUUAGAACAGCAAAGCUAAGCCUGACAGAUCCAAAGAAAGGAUGCACAAUUCAGAAUAAUAACAAUAAUGUAUCGAAGAAUUAAAAAGUAUUGAUGA